CGAACCCCUCCCUGCCUUCUGUGCUCAGCAUCAUGGUGACUGUUGGGCUCUUGCUGGCAGGCUCGGUUCAAUGUUAAUUUCGGAUACCGGAUAAUUUUCCUCUUUCUUCCCUCAAACGGCUUAUAGCGAGACGGUAGACGACGACCAGAACUACUUCUGCUCACGUAAGCGUUUGGUCACGUGAGGAUCUACGUCAUGUGAGAUCUGGGUCACGUGAGCACCGCUCAGCUCUAACUCGGGAUUAUUAAAGUGCCGCACUUCCUUCUGGUACGAAAAUAGGGCGGGUCGAUAUCCAGAAAGAGAGAGAGUGGUUGGUGGCGGCGCGUCUUCUAUGACUGGUCAUUGGUCCGCCUCUGGGGAUAACCGUCCCAGUUGCCGGAGAAACAAUCGGGUCAGGGCUUAAUAACUCACCGGUGAUUGGUGAUGAGGACGAAAGUGGGUUCCCUGGGCCGCCUCUGCCUUUUUAGCUCUUAAGGUUAAAUUUAAAAGCCCAGGUGACUCGUGGAAAUCUGUGCUGCAUGAUGACAGCGACGAUGAAGCUGGUGAGCAGAGUUCGGCGGCUGGGCUGCGUGCUGGCCUUUUGCCUCCUGGCCCUGUUUCUCUGGGGGCUCCCUGGGGCCCGGGCCCUCGACAACGGCUUGGCGAUGACCCCUACCAUGGGCUGGCUGCACUGGGAGCGCUUCAUGUGCAACGUGAACUGCCAAGAAGAACCGGAUUCCUGUAUCAGUGAGAAGCUCUUUCUGCAGAUAGCUGAGAUCAUGGCCUCAGAUGGCUGGAAGGAUGUAGGCUAUGAGUACCUCUGCAUUGAUGACUGUUGGAUGGCUCCCGAAAGAGAUUCAGAAGGCAGACUUCAGGCAGACCCUAAACGCUUUCCUGGUGGGAUCCGCCGCCUCGCUAAUUAUGUCCAUGGCAAAGGACUGAAGCUAGGGAUAUAUGCAGAUGUUGGAAAUAAAACCUGCGCAGGCUUCCCUGGGAGUUUUGGAUACUAUGACAUUGAUGCCAAGACCUUUGCUGACUGGGGAGUAGAUCUGCUAAAAUUUGACGGUUGUUACUGUGACAGUAUAAACCAUUUGGCAGAUGGUUAUAAGCACAUGUCCUUGGCCCUGAACAGGACUGGCAGAAGCAUUGUGUACUCCUGUGAGUGGCCCCUUUAUAUGUGGCCCAUUUUUAAGCCCAAUUACACAGAAAUCCGAGAGUACUGCAAUCACUGGAGAAAUUUUGCUGAUGUUUAUGAUUCUUGGCAAAGUAUAAGGAGUAUCUUGGACUGGACAACUUCUAACCAGGAGAGGAUUGUUCCUGUUGCAGGACCAGGAGGUUGGAAUGAUCCAGAUAUGUUGGUGAUUGGCAACUUUGGCCUCAGCCGGGAUCAGCAAAUAACUCAGAUGGCCCUCUGGGCUAUCAUGGCCGCUCCAUUACUCAUGUCCAAUGACCUCCGACACAUCAGCCUUGAAGCCAAAGCCCUUCUUCAGGAUAAGGAUGUAAUUGCCAUUAACCAGGACCCCUUGGGCAAGCAGGGGUACCGGCUUAGAAAGGAGGACAACUUUGAGGUGUGGGAACGCCCUCUCUCUAACUUAGCCUGGGCUGUGGCUAUGGUAAACCUGCAGGAGAUUGGUGGACCUCGUUCUUACACCAUCUCUGUUACUUCCCUGGGUCAAGGACUGGCCUGUAAUCCUGACUGCCUGAUCACGCAGCUCCUCCCUGUGAAGAGGAAGCUUGGGUUUUAUGAAUGGACUUCAAGUUUAAAAACUCAAAUAAAUCCCACAGGCACUGUUUUGCUUAGGCUAGAAAGAGCAAGCUAGACUGCAUUAAAAAGCUUCCUUUAAAAUGUAUUAUUUUGUUGCCAAAGUGAUUACCCCACUUUUGUCCACCUUCAGCUUUUCUUAUUUCCUUGAGUAAAAGUUUCUACACUUGAGCUUUUUGAUUACUACUUCUAAAGCUAUCUGGAGAAUAUUUUGGGGGAAAAGCCUUUGAACCUAAUGUAAACUGCUGAGAAAUAAUAGCUUAAUAAUAUAAUAAGUAAAAUAAUAAUUUACAGAUGUACCUCAUAUCAUUGCACUUCACCAAUACUGUGGGUUUCUUUUGGCUUUGGUUUUUUUUUUUUACAAAUUGAAGGUUUGUGGCAACCCUGUGUGUAUCACAAGUCUAUUGGCCCUAUUUUUCCAACAGCAUUUGUUCAUUUUGUCUCUGUGUCACAUUUUGGUAAUUCCUGCAAUAUUUCAAACUUUUUCAUUAUUAUUAUAUUUAUCAUGGUGCUUGCAAUGUUACUACUGCAAAAAAAACUGUUUCUCUGAAGGCGUCGAUGAUGGCUAGCAAUAAAGUAUUUUAAAAUUAACGUGUAUACAUUGUUUUUUUUAGACAUAAUGCUAUUGCAAACUUUAAUAGAUUACAAUAUAGUUUUAUAUGCACUGGAAAACCAAAGAAUUGGUGACUACCUUUAUCGGAACCAAACCUGCAGUAUCUGUUGCCUGGAUUGGAACUAUGUGCCAGGCACUAUUCUAGACGGAUAAGGUUAGUGACUCAUUUUUAUACUCCCAACAACCCUGAUGUAGGUACUUAUUCACUGUAAAUUACAGCCAGGAUUUAAACCCAGGCUUUUAACCCUUACACUGCAACCUACUGAGGUAUUACUACUUGGAUGGCACUAAUUAUCUUGGCCUAAAGAGAAGAUAAAAACUACUUCCUCAGUUGAAGGGCAAAAGAAUACCCCAACAGGAAUAACCUUCAUAAAUGGACAAUUUAGAGGCAACCCAACAGACAUUACUGAAUUUUUAUGGAAGAAUCUUGCCAAGAAACACACCACCUAGGUUUCCAAAUCCAAGUUGUUUGCAGUUUAGAUCCAACAAAUGCAAUUGGCUUACUUUCACCAAUGAUAGUUGAUACAUUAUGACCUAAAAUACUGAACCUCAGGCCAGAAGACCCCCUCCACUUUAAGAUGAAUUGCCUUAUCUCUUGAGGUUCCGUGAUGAGGCAGUGAACUUCAAACUGGCAUAUGGAGGAAUGAGUCACUGAGGCAAUUUCCAGAUACUCUAAUUCCUUGCUUUUCCUCCAACUGGUUUACCUGGGGACCAACCUGCAGUCAAUGCUUCAGGCCUGCUCCUUCCCCACCUCCCCUUUUACUAUCACCCUUCUCCCACAUACGCAAAAAAGGGUGUAUUCAUCUCACCCAUCCAAAAUGCAGGACAGUACAAAAGCUAACAGGGCAGAAAAGGCCCACUCAAAAUACAAAGUGCAUGUUGUAACAAUCCCUUUGCCUGUCAGGUGAUUACCAAUUAUUUUCAAUAAAAUUGGAGGGCUAAGCAUUGUCAGUUAAUAAAAAUUGGAAUAGAAUUGGUAAUCCAGACAAUUCAACCACAGAAACUAACUUGGAAGAAAACUGCUCUCAUUGAGAUGUGCUUUCAGUCACCAAAACUAAGCUUAUUUGCUUCACAUCCAUAGUUUUGCAGCACAAGAAUG